AUGUUACAGUGUUACGAGAAAAGAGAACUGGAUCAAAAGAAGCUGUUUGUAAGAACUCACUCGUUUUUCUCUAAAUGGCCAGAAUCACAACAAGAACAAAUUAUUGCUGCACUUACUAGAAGUUACUGCCCUUUAGGGUGUACCAUUGUAAAACAGGGCUCUCCAGUAACAGGCCUCCAUUUCCUUAUACGGGGACGUGCCCGUCUGUCGACCACACCCUCAAAACAUCGAAAACAGUAUCCAGACCUGUUCAUCAACUUCGAGGAAUUCGGAAAUACGCCGGAUCUCUCAGACGAUUUGAUCGUACGCCUACCCCCUGUUACCGAUCGAGGACAAACUACCAUGGCACAUCAUACAUAUGUACGGCGUACAGAUGGGUACGCCGCUGCGGAGAAGUUGGUUUUUGACCGAAACAUCGAGUUAUGUUUCGUGGAAGAGGGUGAGAUCUGUUGUGACACGGAAAUACUUCUGGGCUUAGACACCAAUAUUUUCACCGUAACAGCUUCGACAUCAUGCGAACUAUAUACGUUGAACCUGAAAUGUUACGAAAAACACAUCAUCAAGAAAAAUCCAAACACAAUAAACCUGAUGAAGAUGCUGGUCGAAACUAAACUCUUAGGAAGGAAAUCAACCAUUCCCGGGAAUAAAAUCGAAUUGCUCCCUUUACUGUUGGAUCGUCUACGGUUUGUCCGACAAAUUCAUAUCGAUCUAGCCGACGAGACAAACGAGGUUGGAAGAGAGGCUAAUAUUUCUCUCCACGAGAGUUCACAGGAAAAAAGAGGUAGUCAAAAAACAAGCAACAAGGGUCAUGCGCUUGGAAACAAGAGAAGUGAAGGAAUAAUGGUAGAAUGGUAUAAAAAGAACAAAGCUCCUCUUCUUAAGCCAGUUACAGAAGGCGCUAUCUAUUACAAGGAUUUGAUGCAAAAACGCGCCAAAAUGAGAGAGGAAAUUCGAACGAAGUGUCGCACGGAUUCCGCUGUGUGCCAAGCCAUCAGAAAGCGCGUGAAGGACGCAAUAUUUAUGAGUAUCAAGGAGGGCAUUAGAACAGAUAAGAUGGUCAGGAAGAUUCAGCUUCAGUUAUCAAAAGGAACUACACUUUCAAGAUGGAAAUAAAGAGAAACAGACAAUUUAGGAAAGAAUCAGCAUAGGCAUUGGAAGUAGAUAUAAGUACAAAUAAAUUUUCAAAAAUGGAAAGAGUGAACAUGAACAUAAAAACUAAGCAACUGAUGUGGAUAAAUAAAUAUAAAAAACAUCAAAGCAGUGUAGCUUUAUAAUGAAAUAAAUAAAAACAUCAAAACAGUCUAGCUACAUAGUAAAAUUUACACUUAAAUUCAAUCAUGCCAUACACAUGUCAUAUUGCUGUCUCUUGUAGCUUCAUUUCAGGUAUGCAGGCCAACACCUGUUUGCGUAGACCACUAAAGGGCCCUGGGGGAGGCAGAAAAACGAUUACUAUAGAUAGGUUUCCUGUAUACAGGUCGAGAUUUUCACGCAUACCAUCUGUUUGUUUGUUUACGUUGCAUGCUUAUCUGUCUGAUCACUUAAAUGACAUAAGCCACGUGUCAAUGCACGUGUAUCUGUCUGAUCACUUAAAUGACAUGUCACGUGUUAAUGCACGUGUAGUUGCCUUAUCACUUUAAUGACAUAAGUCACGUGUAAAUGCACGUGUAUCUGUCCGAUCAUUUAGAUGACAUGUCACUUGUUAAUGCACCUGUAGUUGCCUUAUCACUUAAAUGACACAAGUCACGUGUUAAUGCACGUGUAUCUGUCUGAUCACUUAAAUGACAUAAGUCACCUGUUAAUGCACGUG